UUGUUGAUCGGCGCUCGUGAAAAAAUGGGUGAACAUUUUUCCUGUGAUUUUCAUGGUGUGUAAGCAUCCAGAGAAAGUCAAAAUCACACUCAAUCACUUUCUGUGAGUCUCUAAAAUGUGAUUCUUGUGCUGGCGGUGCUGAUAAAUAUGGGCGAAAUGCAUAAUUUCGUGUGAGAAGUUGCACAGCGACUUUGUUUUUACCAAAAGAGUGAAAGAAAAAGUCUUGUGGGUGCGGCGAAAGCGACACAGAAAAGCAUCCAAAGGGGGUCCAAUAGUAUAUUUCAGCUUCCGGACGAUCACAGAAAAGCCGAAGAAAACCUUGAGAAGGGCCUCCGAAGGACUUCUUGUGGGUCAAUCAAUAGAAGAGACGCAGCAGCGAUUUUGUCAUUUGUGGGAAAUAUGAAGAUCAAUGCGUCGAAGAUGGCGACACCGAUUGAAGAAAAAGUGGACCAGAACAUAAAGAUACGCAGCGGAAUGGUGACGGUGAGCGAUGGCAAGAGCAAGCCUGAACUCAUGCGCCUCAAUCUGUCCAUGGAAUUGGUCACGCUGCAGCGUCUGGAGGUCUUGACGCCCUCUUCAGCGGCAGCGGGCAAUGGUGGGCCGCCGACGGAGUCCAAGGAGCGCAUGGUGCAGAUCACAAGGCAGAAGGUCGGCGGCUUGGGACUCAGCAUCAAAGGAGGGGCGGAGCACAAAUUGCCCAUCCUCAUAUCGCGAAUUUACAAGGACCAGGCGGCCGAUGCCACGGGCCAACUCUUCGUUGGGGAUGCCAUUAUCAAGGUCAACGGCGAAUACAUCACGGCGUGUCCUCACGAUGAUGCGGUGAAUAUUCUGAGGAAUGCCGGAGACAUUGUGGUGCUCACGGUCAAGCACUAUCGAGCUGCGACGCCGUUCCUGCAGAAGCAACUAUCCAAAGAGACUCCCGACUCGGACAAUGAUGCGACGUGUGCUGAAUUGAAGGCUGACGAAGGUUGGAAGUCAUCAACAAACAACAGUAGACCCAUUUCCAUGUGUUCAGAGCCGGAGAAGAAGUGGGUGGACAUCGUGUCGGUGCCGCUCAUGAUGGCUUAUGUCACGCGAUACAUUUUCGGCACGGACAAAUUGCGCCCCAACGCCUUUGAGGUGAGAGGCCUCAAUGGCGUCUCCACUGGCGUUAUUCACUGCGACGAUCUGGCCAUCCUCAGCCAGUGGCUAAAGUACAUCACGGACAACAUUGUGGGACUCACGCAUUUGCAGAUGAAGCUGUACAAUCGCAAUUUUGCCGUGGGCGAGCGCAUUGAGUACAUGGGAUGGGUAAAUGAGGGUGUCAUCAGCACAAAUCUCUCGUGGCAGAGCUACAAACCUCGCUUCCUCAUUCUCAAAGGCACCGAAGUUAUGCUGUUUGAUUCACCACCGGUGAAUGUGGCUGGAUUGUCGAAGUCAACGGUCGCCUAUAAAGUGUACCAGACGAUGUUCCGUGUGGUGAAGGAGUCAGAAACCGUGGAUUCACGCCAGCAUUGCUUCCUGCUUCAGAGUUCAGGUCAUGAACCUCGAUAUCUAAGCGUAGAGACGCGCCAGGAACUUUUGAGAAUUGAAAAUAGCUGGAAUACAGCCAUUGUGACGAGCGUCAUCAAAUUGGGGCGGAAAACAUUCGCCGUGUCGCACCAUGGGAAGGGUGGCGGUUUGACGUUGGACUGGCAGAAUGGUUUCAGCCUGGCCGAGGGCGCGGACGCCACAAUUGUGUGGCAGUAUAAAUUCUCCCAAUUGCGCGGCUCCAGCGAUGAUGGCAAAUCAAAAUUGAAGCUCCAUUUUCAGGAUCAUGAGACGAGGGCCAUUGAGACUAAAGAACUGGAAUGCCAAGUGCUGCAAAGUUUGCUCUUUUGCAUGCAUGCCUUUUUAACAGCUAAAGUUGCUUCUGUUGAUCCGGCAUUUUUGAGUUCAAUUCAGCAAACGUAAAGCAAAGAAACGCGAUAUCGACGAAGAAACAGAGGAAUUUAUUAUUGAGGACAAAAAUCAAAGAUUCUUUGGCGGUUUCUGGUUUUUGGCGUGCAUUUUCCGAACUGAAUGUUUGUGAUUGAUUGCGAGAUGGACAGAAUCUCUUGUUUUUCCUUUUUAGAGGCAGUUUAAUUCCAAGAAAUAUGUACUUUAGAAAGAGGAUUUAUUUACAACUCUAAUGUUACAAUUAGCUUGUUGACAAGACGACAGAGCGGAAAGAGAUGAUUAUAUUACCUUUAAGAUAUAGACAUUGAGACGUUAGUUGAGAGUUUAAUACAAUAUUGCUAAGUUAUUAAUAAAAUCGCGAGUUGGAAAGAGGUCAAAAAUAUUCUUUUUCCACGAGAUGAAAGAAAAAAAAAUGUACAAAGAGAAGGAAUACUAUGUGAAGUGGAGCAAUAGCAACUUUAUUCCUUUCUCUCGGCAACGAUUGCACCACAAAUCAUCACAUUAUAGCUUCCUUAAAUUGCUCUGGGAUUUCAUUUCUUCACAAUUUUUGCAUUUCUAUAGAGAGAUAUUAAUUUUCUAAUGUCUUUUUAUGCUUUUACGUGGGCGAAAAACUAUAAGAAUUUUGUGGGUCAAGAAGAAAAAUACUUGCUAAAAAGGUGCUAAAGAGGAUUUUUUAGUGUAAUGGAAAAAAAACUUUAGAUCUUUACUGUUGCAUUUAUUUACUAAUAUUGCUUUCUUCUUUCUUUUUGGGUUUUCUGAGAGGGGAAAAAAAUUAGGAAUGUGAGUUUGAAUCUGUGAAAAAUGGUAACAACGCAAUUAGUGAAGAAUGAAAAAUUCUUCAGAAAACAAAUAUAUAACGGAUGUUAGGAAAAUAUUUGAUAAAAUUCAUAGCAUAUAAAUUUAUGUAGUGGAAAUUUUCGAAAUUUCUCCCUAAGAAAUCUUCGUUCUUGCUAUUUAUACAAUGAACAAUAAAAAAAAAGAAAAUCAUCUCAUUAACGUUUUCGAUGAAUAAAUUAUCAGCAUCACUUGUAAAAAAAAUUUCAGUAGAAUUCGUUUGCGAAUGCAAAAGUUUAGGGCAAAAAUAAUCCACUGAUGAUCUUCACGUGAGGAGAGGAUUGUGUAUAUAAGUAUGUUUAGAAAAGAUGAAUCUCGUAGCAUUACUUGUUUUCUUAGCAAUUUUGUCAUGAUUUUUGACAUCUCUUUUUAUCAAUCUUCUAAAUAGCAUUUUAUUGUGAAGUUUUACUGUUUGACUUUGUAAAUUUACACACUUUUAUCUGAUAUUUUAAGUGAGAAAGCUUCAAUGAUGCUUUCAAGAUUUAUUGUAAAGGACUCGAAAUGAUGGAUAGAUUUAAGGACAGAAAAAAAAUUUAUGGUAAAUAAUAUGAAAAGAAAUCCAUUUUCACCCCACCAAAUAUAUUAAUAUAUACAUUUUAAAGUGUUAUAAUUGAAUUUUGAUCAAUUAUAGUUGGAAGAAGAGAAAUUUUCAGUAAAAAGAAAACACAUUGAGAACUCCGAUGAAAAUAUUCAGUAUUAUAAAUGAAAGCCGAAGAUGGAAAAUAGGAAUAAUCAUUCAAAAUAUUUGUGUCAAAACAGUUGAAAUGGAAAAUCUCGAUAGAAAAAGCACAAUUUUAGACUUUUCUCUAUGAAACAGGGCACAAAUGCCGGACUUUUCUUUCAUCUUCUGAUUAUGUGUAAAUUUUCCAUUUGAUUUCCAUCAUCUUCCUUAAGUGCACUGUAGAUGAACACAUAUUAGAGAAUAUAGUUGGAAAAGACAUUGAUAAAGUGAAGGAUUCAAUUAAAAAUCAAAUAAAUCAGUCAUAUUCACAAAAGGAAAGAUGAAUAAAAAAAAGAGUAAAUUUACGAGAAUGAUGUAUAUUUUCACUUUCUUUUCUCGCACUCUUCGCUGUUCUUCUUUUCUUCAUCUCUCUUUCUUGCAGAAAAGCAACCGCGAACGUCUCCUUUGAAACUCAUCGCAGCAGUUUUUCAUCUUGUCGAUGUUCCGUGCUUGAAAUGUAGCCAAGUUCUCUCAAUAAAUAGCAAAAGCUUUUGGGAAUCGUAGUGGAGUCUCUUGUUUUCCGGUUUUCACAGAUAUCCUGAACUUUACCUGAGGCUGUUGAGUGUCUUUGCUAGGAAAACUUUGCUUUACAUUUUAGUACUAUAUAUUUACAAAAUUAAGAAAGAAAAUUCAACGAAUAUCCAAAUUAUACCGGUU